AUGCCCAAGAAGGAAAAGGCGAAAAAGGCGCUGACGUCUGCGGUUACCCCGCCGGGUUUCACAGAAGAGGAGCGUUUGCUGGAGGUGCAGUUGCACUGGGACGUGGAUGUGCAAGCAGCUCCAGAGGUGCUGGUUUUCUUACGACUCUUCCAGCAGGAUCACUUCAUUCUUCCUCACCAGCUGCUGAUCGAUUCCAACAGCGACGCUGGCGCUGACGGCCAACACCAGCCCCUUCAGCAGCAACUGUCUGCUGCACCCCCACUGCUCCCCUUAGUCAAGCAAACGGUCCCGGUAAGCAUGCCGACUGCACGCCAUAUACUACUUAAUGAUAUCAAGGCCAAUCGCGUUGACGUGUACGCCCUCCCAGGAGUCGACGAUGUCAACGAAGCCGGCGACAAGCAGACGGGCGGUGUGGCGGGGAAACGGCACCAAGGCGCGGCAACUACUGCUCCAAAAUCCAAAGGAAAGGCAACAGCCGGACUCACCACUCUCCCCGACGGGGCCCGCCACAUUGGGGGAACGGCACUCUCACUUGUCCCGCUUCUUACAAGUUCGACAAUGGACGUCGCUGUGGCGCUCACCGCGGGAUCACUAACCGUUGCUAACGACUACCUGAAUUUCCGAGUGCAGUGCCGUGAUUUGCUGCUGUCUGCGCAGUGCAUGUCUCAGUGUCGCCCAGUGCUGGUGCGUCUGUAUGGUGUCGUGGGACUGCCCACCGUGGCGUCCACAUCUGAUCCCUCAUCUACGAAGUACACGGCUGCUGCCGCGACUGCCAACUCACGCCGUCGCCUGCGUGCGUGUGUUUCGCUAGCAGGGGGACGCGUGACGGUACCUGUGCUGCCGAUCAGACCUGCAAUUUCCGCUGAGGAGGCUGCUGCGCCGCCCUUGUUCCCGCCACGCAGUCCGACAGCCACUUUCCAUGAUCAUGUUCUCUUUUUGAAUGAACUGGGCACGCCUCUCGAUGUGUACCGGAAGCUUUACAGCACCCCAUGUGAGGUGUCGCUAUGGCAAUCCUUUGAGAUGGAUGCGCAGGGGACAGCGGUAGAAGCUGUAGGCGCUUCCGUACUGCCGGGGGGAUGCACAGAGGUCUUACUUGGCAGCGGCAGUUUUUUGGUGCGCGACUUUUUGACAGACGAUCAAACGCACUUUUGUGAGACGGUGCAGCUGCUGCCUGGCCGCACCACCGUGGACCUUGCAAAGGACUGCACAUGUCUCACCACCGGCUGCAGCGUUUCCGUGCACCUCGACUUUUUCCAGCCCUUUCCCCCCCUGCGUCAUGUUGACAAGGAGGGGCAGCCGUUGCCGCGCAAGGCCUUUCUGACGCGUGCUCUUGUGCACCUGCCGUAUGCGGCUCCGUGGAUGGCUGACUUUCUCACUCUUCUUCUGCGCGAGGUUACGGCGUUGCCUCCCGCGACACAGGACGUGCAGCUUUACCUGCCGCCACCGCCACCACCGCCGCUUCCCACCGAAGCCAUGGAGAAGGAAAAGGCGGUUGGGAGGCGCAGAAGCGCCACGCACGGCCGCGGCGCCGCGGCGCCGACCGCCUCUGCGUCGUCAAGGCGACCGAGGAGCGACGGGAGGAGUCACAAGGCGGGAAAGUCAAUCGGAUGCCCUGCUCCACCUGACCUCAUGCCAGCUUCGCCAUCGCCGUCUUUCGCAGACGAGCUAAAGGUAUACUCGCCGCCAGGUCUCAGCGGGUUCGAGGUUGCAGACGGGGAAGAGCGACUGUGGUGCUUUGAGGCAACGGUGCUUGAAGUACAGCAUAUACUCAGUCAGCUUGGCAGCUUUGUGGAGGCGCAUGGCGGUGCGCCGUCGCGGGUGCGCAUGCAUUUCAAUGCCGAGCUGUUUGUGCCACAGCGCGCGUACAUGAAGUUCCCGCCGUUGGUGGUUCCACCAGCUGGAAUGGCAGUCUUAUCAUCACCCAGUGAGGUCGAUGGGUCGUCGGUGGCCUUGGAGGUGGAUCCGAGCGGAACAGGUGGACGGCUUCACCGCAUUCGUUUCCGUAGCACCGUCGGAUCCUUGUGUCGGACGCAGUCCCACUACAUCCGCCACAACCUCUCCGAUGACUGCCUGCAGUGUCUGCUCUCUUUGGCAGCGUUGCUGGGGGCCGGGUCGAUGCGAGAGGCCGAGCUGCGAGGCUGGAUGCCGUCUGCGACGCUUCUCAUCGCCGCAGAGCGCUCUUUUGGUCAAACGCUAGAAAAGGAAGACUUGUUCGGCGUCGCCUUGACCACCCCUGAUGCAUCGCAGACCGCAGUGACGGCGUUGGUCUCAAAAGAUGAUAUUGCGGACGGUGCGCCCGAGAGAAGCGCUGGCGGUGCCGCUGCAUCCCUGAUGGCUGGGGCGGCGGUAGGGUCGCUGGUGUUCUUCGACGGUAUCCUUAAGACUGGGACUCGACGACCUGUGCCCGCCACCGUUCGCCUGCGUUUCCCUGUCUCUGCUUGGAUGGUGGUGACCAAAACUAAGGAAGAGGUGCUCUGCGCUUUCCCGCACAACUCCCCCACCGGCCUCGUACAGUACCACAUUGAGGGGCAGGUAGUGCAGUGCUCUACUACAACCUUGCUGUACGUGCUCAAGUGCGUGUGCCUGGCGCGCAGUGUUACACAAAGCUACAACGCAGCCUACGAGCACCUCUUGCGCCAGCGCCAGCGUGAGCAGCGUGCGCUGCUGCUGGAGAGGUCUGCAUCGUCGGCGACCGGCAAGUGCGUGCUGGUGCGGCAGGCAGCAGCAGAUGUCGCAGGGGGUAGCCGAGGGGCCCUGGACUGCAGUGUAGACAAGACUCGUGUCUCUGCCGCCGGUCAAGUGUGCGGAGUGGACUCCAGUGAUGGAGAUGAUGAUGGUGAGGCGAGCUGGCUGGAUUCCGGCAUGGACCGGUACUUGUACGUGUCCUUUGGCUCCUCCAACAAGUCAACAACUCUGUCGCGGCGCUUGCAAAUGGAUCGCGCGAGUUCCCAUAGGUCAUUAGUGCACGUAGCCCGGCGCAGACAGGCACCACGCGCCGUCUCCUCGCCAACAGAACUCACGUACGACGAGCUGUGGCGCAUGUACGAGCGGCGUGCCCCCACCUCGGCGACAGCAGCAUCUGCACGCGACCCCGAAAAGCUGCCGCCAAUCUGA